AUGCCGAAAGCAACAUCCUCUCGAGCCGCUGCUGCUGCCCGCAGGCACAAUCCUCUAGCUGAGGAUCUCAUGACCGCAGGUCAUCUACGAACCCAGUCUACUAAGAAGAAUAAGCAUCUGUCGCAGACUGAAAACGAUGGAGAAGAUGGCGAGCGCUAUGUCGACGCAAAGAUGACGAGAAAGAUCUUGCAGAUAGGUCAAGAAUUGGCAGAGGAAGAUGCCGCUGAACGAAAGGCUGCUAUGGGUGCGACAGAUCUGAAAACAAGCUCUGCCUUCGAUUUUGAAUCGAGAUUCGAGGACGGUGAAUCUUUGUCCGACGAUGAGGGGAAAUUUCAAGAAGAGCAGUGGGACGAUGAAGAGGAUGUCGAGGACGUGGUAUGUGGUGUCCCCUCUGAAAAAGUCGGCUUCGACAGGAUCUCACAAUAUGUUCAGGAGGUUGACCCGAAUGACCUCGAUAUGUUUCACAAAUUCGUUCCUGGUGGCGAUGAAGACCCUAUCUUCAAUCCCCGAGGAACCGAUACGGGUGGAAGGACUACAAAUCUGGCCGAUCUUAUAUUGGAAAAGAUUGCGGAGCAUGAAGCGAAGCAAUCUGGCGAGACUGGGCCAAUGAUCCAAGGUGGCGGACUGCCCGAAGAUGCCGUUCAAAUACCCGCAAAGGCUGUUGAAGUUUAUGAAAAAGUCGGCAUGAUACUGUCCCGUUACAAAUCUGGCCCGCUCCCUAAGCCCUUCAAAAUCCUACCAACUGUUCCGAAUUGGCCGACACUCCUUUCCAUCACUCGGCCUGAGUCUUGGACCGCCAACGCUGUUUAUGCCGGGACUCGAAUCUUCAUAUCUUCAAAACCCGCCGUCGCACAGGAAUACAUAUCGACGGUGCUCCUUGACCGCGUCCGGGAAGAGAUUCACGAGACGAAGAAGCUGAAUGUCCACACCUACAAUGCUCUCAAGAAGGCACUGUACAAGCCGGCCUGCUUUUUUAAGGGAUUGCUGUUUCCUUUGGUCUCGAGCGGUACUUGCACUUUGCGCGAAGCGCACAUCGUCUCUUCUGUCAUCGCGCGUGUAUCGAUUCCAGUCUUGCACUCUGCGGCCGCGCUACUCCGCAUGUGCGAUCUGUCUGCGGAGCAAUCCCUCAAGUCGUUCGAAAGCACUGGUUCAGUGAAUAUCUUCAUCCGUGUUUUCCUUGAGAAGAAGUACGCGCUGCCGUAUAAAGUAAUUGAUGCGCUUGUGUUCCACUUUAUGCGUUUCCGCGCUGCCGACAAUGCUGAAGAUUCGAUGAUGACCGACGGGCCGUCCGGGGCGACCAUCAAGGCAUACAAGCUGCCUGUGCUCUGGCAUCAGUCGCUGUUGGUUUUCGCACAGCGUUACCGCAAUGAUAUCACCGAGGAUCAGCGUGAAGCGCUCCUUGAUUUGUUACUGGUUCGAGGUCACAAGGAUAUCGGCCCCGAAGUCAGACGGGAAUUGCUGGCCGGAAGAGGACGCGGCGUGGUGGCGCCCGAUCCGGAAAAGCAAGGUGCUCUUGAUGCUGGAGACGAUACGAUGGAUGUCACUUUUUAG